AUGUCCGCAAACACCCCUGCCACCUGUCGACGAGCUCGGUCGCCCACAACCGACCCCCAGAGGCUCAAGAAGAGGGAGUCUGACCGCAAGGCCCAGCGCGUCUCGCGCGAGAGGACCAAGAGCCGCAUCGCAUAUCUCGAGGACCUUGUCGAGAAGCUGAGCAGCGGGGAUGAUCACGACAAAACCUUGUCCUUGAUGGCUCAGCUAUCCGAGGUGACGAAACAGCGGGACUCGCUGGUUCGAUUUCUUGAUACUACGUCUCUGUCUUUUACUAGGCAUCUCUCUGAAGCUAAAAAGUGGGAUAGCAAGACUGUAUCCCAAGAACAACCUCAACCACAGCAGCCAAGCGUGUCAGGUUCUGUCUACAAAGGAUCUCCCGCGUUGCUGCCGGACUUGCUGGAGACAUCUCCAGCCGGCAAUGCGCUUAGUUUUUUUUCGCCCAACUUCACUGGAACUCUUCAGGGGGACACAGCAUUAGAUGGCAGCCAGACCUGUGUAGAUCUAGACUCGGCAACGUACUGUGCAUCGAAUAACCACCACGCUGGUGACAAGACACCAGCAGCGCCAUCGCCUUGCGAUUGCAGUUCCUCGGAGACAAGGCGGCUCUCGGACGGAUCUGUUGUUAGCCGUAACAUAUGGCAAGCAGGCAACCAGGUCCUGAAAGGCCCUCCUGGACUCCUGCCAGCCGCGAUGCUUGAAUUGGAGUGCGAGGCUAGCGAAGACGUCCCAGUGCGUGUUGUGCUUUACGGCUGGGAUCAUCUAGAACAGUCAGGGAGAAUGACACCACUUUGGAGGAGGAUCCGGCACCUCGACGAAAUUUGCUUUUCUGGUUGUGGCCAGGUUGAGCGUCUUGCAGUGAUUCACAUGGUUCACCGCUACAUGCGCGCCUAUGCUGACCCAACAUCGGCCAACAUUAAUGCCAUUCUACCACGGUGGUAUAUGAAAUCUACGUCAUCACAAGAUGUCUCUGGCCAUCCAGCGGUAGACUACUUUGCCUGGCCGGCAUUUCGACAACAAUUUUCACGGUACCCUCAUCGAUAUUGCAGUAAUUUAUUCUGGCACAUGUUCAAAGAGCACUUGCGCAUCACCUGGCCCUAUGAGUUCCGUGAUGUGUAUUCCGUCAACGUGGGGCUUGGUAGGUAUGGCCUUUCGUCCUCAUUCAAGGAUACAAUCUCCAAUCUCGGCUGUUGGACCAUGCACUCGGAUUUCUUUUAUCAUUUUCCUGCACUUGUACAUGACGUGCCCAAGUCCCCGCAAACCAGUUUGCCUGUCGCAAUUCAUCCUUUACCUCUUCAGACCAACUCAUUAGGGUACCUAUCUCGAGGCCGAACUCCAUCACAUCACCACAGCAGUUUCAGGACCAUGGAGAGCACAAUUUCUGACCCUUCUCAAGGUGGCGAGGAUGAUCAAGGAUGGUGUUAUGACGCUGUUGUUGGGGACUAUAACUGGGAUUUGGACAACCUUUAA